AUUUUUAAUAUUUGUUUAUUUUUGAGUGAGACAGAGAGUGGGCAGGGGAGGGGCAGAAAGAGAGAGAGAGAGGGAGACACAGAAUCCAAAACUGGCUCCAAGCUCCGAGCUGUUAGCACAGAGCCUGACUCAGGGCUUGAACCCAUGAACCAUGAGAUCAUGACCUAAGCCGAAGUCAGAUACUCAACCUACUGAGCCACCUAGGUGCCCUGAAGUGUAAACUUUAUAAGAAUGAACUUGAUCGUAUAUGACUUUUCUCUAAAUAAAGCUUUUUUAAAAAGUUUAUUUAUUUUGAGAGAGAGAGAGAGACAAAGAGCACAUGCAAGUGGGGGAGGGGCAGAGAAAGAGGGAGACAAACAAUCCCAAGCAGGCUCCAAGCUGAGUUCAAUGUGGGGCUCUAACUCACCAAUCCUGAGAUCCCCACCUGAGCUACAUGAUCUGAGAUGAAGUUGGAUACUUAACCCACUGAACCACCCAGGCACCCCAAAGCUAUUUUUUGUUUGUUUGUUUGUUUUUUAUUUUUGUUUUAUGUGUUUUGGUCAGUUUAACCCCAAGAGUCAUGAUAGAAAUAUAACAUAAAUAUCUUAAACAUUUUGUUUUAGCCUAAAACAACUAUAUGCUCAUUUGCCAAUCUACUGAGAAAGCCAUGGCGUUUUCUUUGCACAAGUUCUGAUUAGAGUUUUGUGUGGCAUUUCUUGCAUAAACUACACCUCUAAACCAUCAGCAAAGAUUUCCUAAGAUUUUAUUCCUUUAAGAGGAAAAUAAUUUAAAGGCACUUGCAGAGCUGUCUGAGUGCAGAUUUCUCCUUUAUAAUCUUUUAUUGUGAUCUCACACAUUCAAACAACUCACAGUUUGGGGGUCUUUCCAGAAUAUUAAACUUUAGAUUUUAAAGAAACAAUGAAAUUUAUUUUCACACUAUUUCAUCACUUUACAUAUUACUAAAUUAUGAAAGCACAAUAACAAGUACAACUGGCAUAAACAGGUUUGGGAACAAACACAGGUAACUCAGUGUCAGAUUGUACUGAUAGGAGCAGAAGUAGACAGAUUCACGGGAGAGUAGUUUCCUAACCAGUCAGCAUGAUGUGGGAAUUAGCAGUUUAUGAUUUAUAAAGGAAAUAGAAUGAGUUAAUUGGUUAGAGUUUUUAGUGUAAGUAGACUAAGAGAGCAACUACUAUACCUCUACAUUUUAAUUAUUUUACUGUGUGUCUAUCGCCUUCAUAGAGACGUAGAGCAUUCUGAGGGCAGAGAUAGUGCCUGGCUAUUAAAGGAAACUUUGGGGGAAACCCUAAAAGUUCUUCUGUCACCAUAUAAAUCUUUAAUCUUCUUAUGAAAACAAAUGAAAUUCUGAAAAACGAACAGUUGUUUUUAAGACAUUUACAUUAAUUCAUGGGUCCCUCAAGAAAAGUAAAUGUAAUAUUGCGCAUUUCCUUGUUAAAAGCUUAUAUUAAUUUCCUAAGGCUGCCAUAACAAAUUACCACAAACUGGAUAGCUAAAAGCGACAAAAAUGUAUUCUCUCGUAGUUAUGGAAGCAGAAGUCCCAAAUCUAGGUGUUCUCAUGACCAUGUUUCUUUCAAAGUGUCUCAUUUUCGUUGCCUCUUCAGCUUCUGGUAGCUCCAGGUGUUUCAUUCCUUGGCUUGGGGCUCCAUGUCUUGAGCCUCCUAUGGUCUUCUUAAUGUGCAUCUGAAUCUCAAAUCUCCCUCUACCUUUCUGCUGUAAGAACACUUGUGUGGAAAUAAUGGCCAACCAUAUGAGAAUAAGCAAAGAUUAUUUACUCAGAGUUUGCUAUGGCAAGGAAGUCAGCCACCAUCACUUGUGGGUUGGCAAAGUAGGAAAGCUUUAUAGUGGAAAAAAAGGAAAUCUUCAAGUAUACCCUGAUUAGAGGCAAUUGGCAUGGGGAAGCUGUAAGUGGGCUAACUAGAAGCAAGGCAUCCUAUGCGAUUGGUUAAGUGUGCAUAUUUGGCUUUCUCUGAUUGAUCCCAAGAUAGAAGUGGUGACAAAAAUUAGGGAAGCUGUCAGUUAUUCAGCAAACCAGCAAACACUGGUCAUUUGGGGCCAGUUGUUACAGAAGUUUUUGUUUGGCUUCUAGAAUUGUUAUUAGAGAUAGUGCUCUGGCUUCCUACAAGCCUGGCUUAUAGACAGCAGGAUGGUUUCCUGGUCUGGUUACUGUAGGAAACAGGUUGGUUUCCUGAGUUGGUUGCUGCCAAUUGUAGGUCAGAAUUCUGUAUUUAUAUAUGGUCUGCCCACUGUUUGCAUAGCCCAUCUCUCACCUGUCAUUGGAUUCAGGGCUAAUCCUAAAUCCAGGAUGAUCUCAUUUCAAGAUCCUUAACUACAACUGCAAACACCAUUUUUCCAAAUUAGCACAUUCACAGAUUCUGGAGUUUGGGACAUGGACAUAUAGGUGUGGGGGCACCAUUCAACCUACAAGCUCCUCUUGGUUUAGAAAUCAUGCUUACUUGUACACAGAGUAAAAACAAAAAACAAAAAACCUUGCUUCUUACUGUCCUGAAUGAAACACGUAGGUAGGUUGUGACUGGAUUUCAUCAUACACCUAUCAUUUCUAUUUGAAACAGUUGCCUAGCUAUCCCUUAAAACUUGGAUUCAAGCUGCGGAUCAAUCUUUGUAUGUUUACACUUUAAAACAAGACAUCUUGGUAGUCUAUUACUAGUGGACAUUCAGAGAAAUCUCACCUUUUGUAGAAAGCUAGAAGCAGGGUGGUUAAUGUAUUAAUGUUGCCUGUAUUGUCUUUGAUAGGAAGUUAAGGAACACUGCAAAUCCUGGUUUUUUUCUUUCUGUUUUCAGCAUCCUGAAACCUUAAUCACAUUGCCUAGUCAAAGAAGAGAGUAAUGACUACUCUUAGCAGAUCCCAACACACUAGUAUAUAAUAGGCACAAAAAAGGUGAAUCAAAAAAGGGGGAAGAGACACAGAAGAAUGUCAGGCAACAGAGAAAUGAAGAGUCAAGGAGUUCCUGAAGAAGCUCUGGCUAACCGAGGCACAUCUUCAUUAACUGCUGCUGUAGAGCAAGUUGCAAAGCAACAACAAUCACAAACAUCAGACAUAGAAAAAAAUAAAAAAGUUCUAUUCCAUUUGCAGGAUGAACUCCAUGAGCUUGAAAAACAAAUAGCAUCUGUCUCUGCAGAAACUAAAGAAACAGAAAGGCAAAUUUAUCAGCAAGAUGCUGCCAUCGAGAAUACCAAACUACAGUGUGGGAACCUGGAAACUCAAAUCAAAUCCUUACAUACAGAAAAUGUAAAGCUUAAAUUUGACAUAGAAGGAGCUCAAGAAGACUUUGAGGAACACAUGAUAAGAUAUAAUGAAUAUUAUGCAAAAAUAAAAGAGCAUAAAGAUAGUUUGUGGGAGGCUGGAAGCAAAAGGUCAUUCAUGACUACACUCCAUGAAAAACGAGAUCUUGUUAGAAAACUAAAAACAAUGAAAGAGGAACUUAUGCAAAAUCUCAAAAAUCCAGAAGGAAACCACAUAAAACAAGCACAGGAAGACAUUAUAAAGCUGAAGGCUAAAAUUAUAGCUGUAAAAGAAUCUAUCAUUGAAAAAACUUUCUUUCUUGAGGAAGAAGAAAAGACACAUGAAAAAUUAAGAAAAGAAAUAGAGGUACAACAUAAGAGAUAUAAUGCAAUUCUUAAGCGUUUGCAUUGUCAAGUGAACAAGCUUCGGUCAAAUAGAAGACAAUGGCAAUCGAACAUUCAACAACUGGAAAAAACUGCAGCUGAACUGAGAAAACGCAUUGGAAUGAAAUACUAACGUGGCUAAAGGGCAAUGUAGAACAUAGACUGUGCCAACAAAACAGAAAAUUCUUUGGAUUCUUAACAACCAGCAUCUACUACCAGAGGUCUGUCUUAAUAACAGAUGUAUUUUCUCUCUCUCUCUCUUUUUUUUUUUUUUUUGAAUCAGUUACCUGUUUACCUUCAAAGCCUACAAUUGACAACAGUAGAGAGACAAUAGGAAUGCUUAUGUAAGAAUAGUGCAAGAUUCUAUAUAAACACUUUGAGUGUAUAAGAUAAACUGUACUCAUGAUUCUUAUUUUAUAAAUGUGUUGUUUGCACUAUCAUAUGAGGUAAAAAUUUAGAAGGAAAGAAACACUUGAAGUUAUAAUGAUUUAUUUUAAAUGAUUUAUUUUAAAUGAUUUAUUUUAAAUGAUUGUUUCAAACAUUUUAUUAAAACUUGCUUUUUUACCGCUGCCUUCACAGUAGUCCAUAAAUAUUGACAUUUAUAAUAAUGUUGUUAUAUGUUCAGUGCUUCAGGUACUUUACUCAGUUUUUUAUUCUGAAGGUAGCAAUCAUUUUUUUCUUUGUUAUUAGAUAACAUAAUUUUAGAGUGUUGCAAUGCAUAAAAUUUUUUACUUUUCUGUCUGUAAAUUUGUUAGUAAUAUUCUGUGAUGAAAUUGAUGUUAUAGCAUCGUGCAAGGUAAAUAUGAGCUCUUAAAAAAAGAAUAUUAACCAGUAUACACUACCAUGUAUUUUUUCUCACUGAAAGUCAUAUACUAUGUCCAUGGCAACAUUUCAAAAUUUAACUUGAUACUAAGAUAAAAAUCCUCCUUCUUAUGGCUCCAUUGAAUCAAAUUUUUAGGAACAAAAAAGUAUUGAAGAUAAUGGUUUUUAAAUAUUUACUUUUAGGACUUAAUGCUUUGAAAGCAACAACAUCAAAAAGGUAUCUCAAGUCCAUUUUCUCCUCACCUUUCUUUGUGCCUACGACUAAGUAAGAGGAUAGUUGAUAUAAAACCUGACAUAAAUAAUCUUGUUAUGUCUAACAUUAAUAAUCCUAUUAUGAAUUAGCAUGGCUCAAUAUGGCUAACAUGUCAAAUAUCUUUGCUGUUAACACAAUCAGCCUUGGUGCAUGACUCAGAAAUGCAGUUAGACUAAAAAUGGCUAAACCUGCAGAUUGUAGAGAGUAUCCACUAUGCUCAGCGGAAGACAAGGCUGACACAAAGGCUGAUGAUAUAAAAAAUAUUUCAGUGUAAUUUGCAUAUUUAAAAGGUUAUUUUUAUAAUUAUACUUUAUAAUUUUAUUUACAGUUUAUAAUAGGAAAAUUCUAGCUUUCUAAACUUUUUAAGCUUAUAAUAGGUUUCAAAAUAUUUGUACGUGAUAGCUAAACACCUUGAGUUAUAUUUGUGAAAGUUAUUUUUAAAUUAAGAUAGAAAAAUAGGUUUAAUCUGCUUAAGAUAAUGUGCUCUAUUUGAGAAAGUUGUUUUUAAUGUAGUUUUCUGAAAUACCCAUGAUAACAAUACAUGUACCUAUUUUAAAUUUUGUGACAGAUGAAAGAAUUAUUUGAAAGAGAAAUUCUUUUCUUUCCUUUCUCUUUCUAAUCUUGAAAAUCAUUUCAGAUGAUGGAGGCUUUCAGAUUAACCAAGAAGAACUAAAACUUGAGGUAUCCUCAAGCCUGAUCAUAUAGUUAGUGGAUAUGAUAUCUCAACAUAAUCAUAAACUCUGAAGUUAGAAAAUGAAGUAAUUUUUUAAAUUUCUCUAUAGCCGAAUCUAGAUUAGAAUAUGAGCUCUUCUGCUUAAUGGCCUUUGUCACAUACACUUUUACCUUACAACUCAGUCUAUUUUGAGUAAUCAUUCAGUUCAGAUUCUCCUUCUUCUCAUUUUCUUCUUGGAGGUAGUCUAAAUUCCUGGAGCAGGGGAUGGGCAGUACACUUACAUUGUUUGUCAUCAGGGGAAGGGUCCUGGUCCAAGCAGCAUUCUCACUGGCCUCUGCAGAGCUGUAACCCAUCUUCUUGGUCUUGAGGAGUUUGCCUAUGCCACACCUGCAGUUGUUGUCUCUAAUUAAUGUGGUCAGCCUCCUCACCCAAUCACAAGGUCUCUUCUGCUCAUGUUUACUUCUCUUUUUCUGUAUGUAGGACAAAUUUUACCUCGUUGGGGCCUGUUAUUCUACUCACGAAUUCUUCCUUACUCUUUGAUUCCUGGUAUAAAAUGAGUCUUUCAAGUCUCUCAGUGCUUUGGAGCUCAGCAAAGUUUUCUCUCAAAAUGCCCCGUGUUCUGCAAAGGAAAGCUAUGAUUUUAACACUAUUGUGUCUACUGUGGACUCUUUCAAAAGCCUAAUGUGAAGCUCAAAGCUGAUAAAUGACUUCUAAAUUCUGAGUAGUUGUGUCCUGACUCUAGCCUGCUAAGUUCUCUUAUCUAAAUGAUCAGGAAAAGGUAAGUAGUACAAGGAAGCAGUGGGAGGAAAAAAACCUACAGUUAUAUAUCAAAAUAUUACUUACUACAUGUGCAAUCUAUAGGCAAAUUAUAGUUGACCAAUGUGAAUAAAUUGAUAUCUACUUUUAAGUCAUAUAUUAACAGUGGUGAUUUCCAUUGUCAAAGCAGCUAUCAUAGGCACUGUCAUGGACAGUAUAAAUGAUCUAUAUGUUAUCUGUUAGGCCAUGUUAUUCUAGUCAAUUGAUUACUCAUGUUAUUUUCUAAAAGACUAAAGAUAUGAAAUAGCAAAAAUAGUAACAUAAUUGAGCAACUAUGCAAUGCCCUAUUUGGCAAUUUGCAUACAUUAAUUCAUUUACUCUUCAGAAUAAUGAGAAUAAUGGCUUAAAGUAUAUAUUAUUGUCCUUGACUUACAGAUGGGGAAACUGAGGCUUAGGGACUUGCUUAAGAUCUUAUCACACAGCUCAUCAGGGGCAGAGUUGAAAUUCAUUGCCCUAUUUUUUUUAGCUACAUAAAAUAUCCUGCAAGAAAUGAUCCCAAAGCAAGCCUCAAUUUUACAAUUUUAUUAUUAAAUAAAUAUUUUAUUUGCAUAUUUAAUCAAUUUUUAAAAUAAAUUACAAGGCAUAAGACAAAUUUAACUUAAAGGAGAAAUCUUAUGGUUAAAAAAAGGGGGGAGUUCCACAUAUAGGUCACCACACCGUCCUAACAAGUGAAAAGUUAAUAGGCUGAAAAAUCAAUAACUCUUCUUGGAUCCCUAAGAGGUGAGGACACAAGGGAAACCACUGUCUCUGAAGAUGGAGACACAGGUAGGCAAAUACAACAAGGCACUGCUGGCCAGAACAGAGACUCACAAACCGCCAUAGGAAACAGUGUCAGGACAGGAAAACCUAACUGUAAUUGAUAAAUUUCUGGAGUCCUGGCGUACUCUAAGAGUUAAAAACCCCAGGGGAACCCAGGCAGAGGUAGGUCCCCACAAUACUGUGAGAUUUAUCUCCAGAUAAGAAUUACAACUGACUUCUCCUCAGGAACCAUACAGGCAAGAAGAGAGUGGUGUGAAAUAUUUAAAGUGUUGACAGAAUAAAAUCCACCAACCUAGAAUUCUGUACCCUAUGAAAUUAUCCUUCAGAAGUGAAGGAGAAAUAAAGACUCUCAGACAAAUUGAGGGAAUUUAAUGCAGUAGACCUACCUCACAGGAAAUGUUAAAGAAGUUCUUUAGAGAAAUAAAAAAUAAUAUAAGUCAGAAACUUGAAUCUGUAUAAAGUAAGGAAGAGUAUCAAAGAAGGAAUAAGUGAAGGUAAAAGGAAACAUUUUAUUUUUCUCAUUCUUUUUUUCUUUUAAUUUUAGUUAGGUAACAUACAGUGCAAUAUUGGUUUCAGGAGUAGAAUUCAGUGAUUUGUCAUUUGCAUACAUCAUCCAGUGCUCAUCACAAAAAGUGCCCUCCUUAAUACCCAUCACCCAAGUGGCCCAUUCCCCACCCACCUAAUUCCACCAACCCUCAGUUUGUUCUCUAUCAUUGAGAGUCUCUUGUGGUUUGUUUCCCUCUCUCCUUUCUCCCUGCUUCCCAUAUGUUCAUCUAUUUUGUUUCUUAAAUUCCACAUAUGAGUGAAAUCAUAUGGUAUUUGUCUUUCUCUGUUUGACUUAUCUUGCUUAGCAUAAUACCUUCUAGCUCCAUCCAUGUCAUUGCAAAUGGCAAGAUUUCAUUCUUUUUGAUGGUUGAGUAAUAUUCCAUUGUAUAUGUAUACCACAUCUUCUUUAUCCAUUUAUCAGUCAGUGGAUAUUUGUGCUCUCUCCACAGUUUGGCUAUUGUUGAUAAUGCUGCUAUAAACAUUGGGGUGCAUAUACACCUUUUGUAUCCUUUGGGUAAAUACCUAAUAGUGCAAUUGUACCCUUCUCAGGGUCCUCACCAACCCCUGCUGUUUCCUGAGUUGUUAAUUUUAGCCAUUCUGACUGGUGUGAGGUGGUAUCUCAUUAUGGUUUUGGUUUGUAUUUCCUUGACAAUGAGUGAUGUUGAACAUCUUUUCAUGUUUCUGUUAACCAUCUUGAUGUCUGCUUUGGAAAAGUGUCUAUUCAUGUCUUUUGAUCAUUUCUUCACUGGAUUAUUUGUUUUUUUGGGUAUUGAGUUUGAUAAGUUCUUUAUAGAUUUUGGAUGCCAAGCCUUUAUCAGAUAUGUUGUUUGCAAAUAACUUCUCUCAUUCUGUAGGUUACCUUUUCAUUUUGUUGAUUGUUUCCGUCACUGUGCAGAAGGUUUUUUAGCUGGAUGAAGUCCCAGUAGUUCAUGUUUGCUUUUGUUUCCCUUACCCCUGGUGUAUUUUUCUUAUUCUUUUUUUAAAAAAUUUUUUUAACGUUUGUUUAUUUUUGGGACAGAGACAGAGCAUGAGUAGGGGGAGGGUCAGAGAGAGAGGGAGACACAGAAUCUGAAACAGGCUCCAGGCUUUGAGCUGUCAGCACAGAGCCCAACGCAGGGCUCGAACUCACGGACCGCGAGAUCAUGACCUGAGCUGAAGUCGGACGCUUAAUCAACUGAGCCACCCAGGUGCCCCAUAUUUUUCUUAUUCUUAAUUGAUAUAACAGAUAACAAUUUGCUCAAAAUAAUAAUGUUAGCAACAAUGUAUUCAAAUAUACAUGCUUAUAUAUAUACAAAUAUGUUAUGAAUGCUUCUAUAUGUGAAAUGAGUGAUGGCAAUGAUAGAAGGUAUGGAAGGAAAGAAUUAAGAUUAUUUUGUUAUUAAAAGAUAUUCAUACUACCAGUGAAAUGGUAUAGUGUUACUUGAAAGUGGACUUGGUUUGGUUGUAAAUAUAUAUUUCAAACUCAAGGGCAAGCACUAAGAAAAGUUAAAAAAUAAGUGUAACUGAUAUUCUCCAAGAAGAGAAAAUGGAAUCAUAUAAAAUGCUUGACUAAAACCACAAAAGGCAGGAAAAAAAGUGAGAGACAAAAAUGGGAACAAAACACAAGGGCAAAAAUCGAAAACAUUAACAAAUAUGCUAGAUAUGAAUCCAGCUAUAUCAGUUAUCACUAUGAAUGUCAAUGAUGUAAAUGCACCAAUUAAAGACAGAGAUUAUCAGAGUGGAUCAAAAAACACAAGUCAUAUGUUGUCUAUAUGAAGCCACUUUAAAUAUAAAUACACAUACAGAUGAAAAGUAAAUGGAUAGAGAAAAAUAUACCAUGCUGACAUUAAUCAAAAGAAAACAGGAGUAGCUAUAUACUUUCAUAACGGAGCAGACUUCAAUGUAAGGAAAGUUAUUAGAGAUUAAGAAGGACAUUACAUAGUAAGAAAGGGGUCAAUUCUUUAAGAAGACAUAAUAAUUCUUAAUGUGGAUGCAUCUAACAACAGAGCAUCAAACUAUGUGGGGCAAAAACUGAUAGAACUGCCAAGGAAAAAUAGAUAACUCCACUAUCAUAGUUGCAGACUUCAACAUAACUCUAUCAGAAAUGGACAGAUUCACCAAAAGAAAUUCAGUAAGGACAUCGUUGAAUUCAACAACGCCAAUCAACUGGAUACAACUCACACCUAUACACUACUUCAUCCAACAACAGCAGAAUACAGAUUUUUCUCAAGCUUACAUAGAACAUUCACCAAAAUAGACAAUAUUCUGGGCCAUAAAACAUACCUUAACAAAUUUAAAAGAGUAGAAAUCAUAAAACAUUUGCUCUCAGACUAUAAUGGAAUUAAACUAGAAAUCAAUAACAAAAGAUAACUGGAAUAAUCCCCAAAUAGGUAGAGAUUAAACUACAUACUUCCAAAUAAAUAGAUCAAAGAAGAAAUCUCAAGAAAUUAUAAAAUAUUUUGAACUAAAUGAAAAUGAAAACACAAUUUAUCCAAAUUUGUGGAACACAGUAAAAGCAGUGCUUAGAUGGAAAUUUAUGGCAUUGAAUGCAUAUAUUAGAAAAGAAAAAAAAUCUAAAAUUAAUCAUCUAAACUUCCACAUUAGGACGCUAGAAAAAAAACCAGUAAAUUACAUUCAAAGUAAGUAGAUGAAAAGAAAUAAGAAUUAGAGCAGAAAUCAAUGAAAUAAAAUGCAGGAUAUCAGUAGAGAAAAAUCAAUGAAACCAAAAUCUGGUUCUUUGAAGAAAUCAGUAAAAUUACUGAACCUCUAGCUACAUUAACUAAGACAAAAAGGACAAGUCACAAAUUUCUAAUAUCAGAAAUGAAAGAGGAGACAUCACUAUAGAUCUCAUGGAAAUUAAAAGGAUAAUAAAGGAACACUAUGAAUAGCUCUAUGCCCAUAAAUUUGAUACCCUAAAUGAAAUGGACUAAUUCCUUGAAUGAUAUAAUCUGCCAAAACUGACACAAGAAAAAACAGAUGAUCUGAAUAGGCUUAUAUUUAUUUAAGGAAUUGAAUCAAUGAUUCAUCACAUUCCAAAACAGAAAGCCCCAAACCCAGAGGGUUCAGUGGUAAAUUCUGCCAAACAUUUAAAAAUUACACCCAUUCUCUAUAAUCUCUUUCCGAGGAUAGAAGCAAAGGGAAUACUUCUUAACUCAUUCUAUGAGGCCAGCAUUAACCUAAUACCAAAACCAGACAAAAAAAAUUACAAGAAAAUAAAACUAUAAACCAAUAUCUCUCGUGAACAUAAAUUUAAAAAUCCUCAACAAAAUAUGAGCAAAUCAAAUCCAAAAAAGUAUAAAAGAAAUUGUAUGCCAUGAUCAAGUGGGAAUUGUCAUAGGUACACAAUUAUGGCUCAACAUCCAAAAAUCAAUUAACAUAAUCCAUCACAUCAACAGACUUAAAAAAGUAAAAUCAUGUGAUUAUAUCAAUAGAUACAUAAAAAUCAUUUAACAAAUCCAAAUCCCAUUUAUAAUAAAAACACUCGGUAAAGUAACAAUACAGGAGAACUUUCUCAACUUGAUAAAGACUAACCACAAAAAAAUUCUACAGCCAACAUCAUACUUAAUGGUAAGAAACUCAAAGCUUUCCCAUUAAGAUUAGAACAAGGCAAGGAUACUUUCUCUCACCAUUCCUUUUCAACAUCACACCGUAAGUCCUUGCUGAUGCAAUAAGGUGAGAAAAAGAAAUAAUAUGUAUACAGAUUAGGGAAGAUAUAAAACUGUUCAUAGAUGACAUGAUAAUCUAGGUAUAAAACUGAAAACAAUUGAAAAAAAGAACAAGCUGCUGGAACCAAUAAUCAAUUAUAGCAAAGUUUCAGGGUAAUAUAAAAAAGUCAAUGCUUUUAUAUAACGAUAGUGAACAAGUAGAAUAUGAAAUUUAAAACAAUACCAAUUACUUAGCACCCCUAAAAAUGAAAUACUUAGGUACAAAUAUAAUAAAAUAUGUGCAAGAUCUAUAUAAGAAAAACUAAAAAACUCAGAUGAAGGUGUUCAAAGAACUACAUAAACGGAGAGAUAUUCCAUGUUCACUGGUAGAAAGACUCAUUAUAGCCAACAUGUAAGUUCUUCCCAAGGUGAUCUACAGAUUCAAUUCAAUCCCAAUAAAAAUCCCAGUAAGUUAUUUUAUGGAUAUUGACAAACUGAUUGUAAAGUUUAUAGAGGGAGGCAAAAGACUAAAGACUAGCCAGCACAGUAUUGAAGAGGAAAAACAAAGUUGGAGCACUGACCUUAUUUGACAUCAAGACAUACUAUCAAGUUGCAGUAAUCAAGAUGGUGUUGUACUGGUGAAAUAAUAGGUAAAUGUACAUAUAGCCACAUAAAGAGACCCACAUAAAUGUAUCAACUGAUCUUUGGCAAAGGAGCAAAGGUAAUACAGUGGGGCAAAGAUAGUCCCAUUCAACAAAUGGUGCUGAAACAAUUGGAUAUCCACCUGCAAAACAACGAACCUACACACAGACCUUACACCCUUCACAAAAAUUAACUCAAGGAGUGUCUGGGUGGCUCAAUUGGUUAAGCAACUGACUCUUGAUUUAGUCUCAGGUCAUGCUCUCAUGGUCUGUGAGGUCAAGCCCCGCAUUGGGCUCUCUGCUGACAGCACAGAGCCUGCUUGGGAUAUAUUCUCUCACUUUCUCUCUCUCUCUCUCUCUCUCUCUCUCUCUCUCUCUUUCCCUGCCCCUCCCCCACUCAA